CAUAUUUAGCUGCAAGUCCAAGACCACUUCCAAAUUCCAACUGCGCAGAGGUCACGAACCCCCCUGCCCCCCUCUCGUCUCCUGACUGCUUUCGAGGGCCGAUAGAACCACUGCAGCGUGUGUUCUAACGGAGUGGUAGACCCUCUCUCCCUCUUCCAUUGUUGCCUGCGGUUUUUCUUCUUUCCCAUUUUCAUUCGAUCCUUUUCCGAUCAUGCCUUUUUAUCUCUUUCAAUCUUAAUCUCUCAUCCUUUUCACUUCGAUCUUUCGUUGAUCUCAAAUCGAACGCUCUUCUCACUGUAUCCUUGCGGUUUAAGCUCAAAUCAUCGAUUUAUCCCGACCCCUUCGAUCUCGCCAAUCGUCGGGGUAGAGAAGAAGAAAGCGAAGAAUUUGAUCUGAUUCUUCGUAGUUAAGAUUAUGUGUUGAUUUUUUGUGUAGAAGAGGGAGGUUUUUGGAUUGCUUAGAGAGUGUGCGAUUUAUUGCGGAACUUGUUUAUGAAGGAUUGGGGCGGCUGCUAGGUUUAGUUGAUUGGUUUGAGUGUAGGUAGUGAAAUUGUGAAUAAUUGGAAGCGCUGGGGGCGAAUCAGUCUCGGCCAAGGCCGGCAGCGGCGCCGCCCGGCUCGGGACUCUUGUUCUUUUUCCGCCCUAAUGCACCUCGAGCCCAUACCCUUGAGUACCUCUCGCAAAUGGAUUUCGUGAGCCGCCACACAUCUUCCGCGCCCGAUCAGCACCGUCCCACCCCGACCGAUGCUUCUUCUUCUUCCUCCUCGUCUUCUUCGACUGCAGCUCCUCCCGUUGAAGAGCCCGAGUACUUAGCUCGCUACUUGGUGGUGAAGCAUUCCUGGCGCGGUCGGUACAAGAGAAUUCUCUGCAUUUCGGGUAUUGCGAUUAUUACUUUGGAUCCAUCGACGCUAUUGGUGACGAAUUCUUAUGAUGUGGCCAAUGAUUUUGAUGGGGCGUCUCCGAUUAUUGGGCGCGAUGAUAAUUCAAAUGAGUUUAAUCUGAGUGUUCGAACUGAUGGGCGUGGGAAAUUUAAGGGCAUUAAGUUCUCGUCCAAAUAUCGGGCGAGUAUACUGACUGAGCUGCAUAGAUUAAGAUGGAAUAGAUUUGGCCCAGUUGCAGAAUUCCCGGUGCUUCAUCUUCGGAGACGGACUUUGGAGUGGGCUCCUUUUAAAUUGAAAGUCACUUCAGUGGGUGUUGAACUUAUUGAAUUGAAGUCUGGUGAUCUUCGCUGGUGCUUGGAUUUUAGAGACAUGGAUUCCCCUGCCAUUAUUCUUCUCUCCAAUGCUUAUGGACAGAAAAAUAUUGAUCAUGGAGGUUUUGUUCUUUGCCCUUUAUACGGAAGAAAAUCUAAAGCCUUUCAAGCUGCUUCUGGAACGUCAAACACAGCUAUUAUUUCAAAUUUGACUAAAACAGCAAAAGCUAUGGUCGGGGUGUCACUUUCUGUGGAUAGUUCUCAACCACUGACAGUUUCAGAGUUUGUUAAGCGAAGGGUCAAUGAGGCUGUUCGAGCAGAAGACGCCCCUUGUGGUGGUUGGUCUGUGACAAGGUUGCGGUCUGCUGCACAUGGAACUUUAAAUAUUCCUGGAUUGAGCUUGGGAAUGGGGCCAAAAGGAGGACUUGGUGAACAAGGUGAUGCUGUAUCUCGUCAACUUAUUUUAACAAGGGUUUCACUUGUUGAGAGGCGCCCUGAUAAUUAUGAAGCAGUUAUUGUUCGUCCUUUGUCCACAGUAAGCUCUCUUGUUCGAUUUGCUGAGGAGCCCCAGAUGUUUGCAAUUGAAUUUAAUGAUGGAUGCCCAGUUCAUGUUUAUGCAAGCACAUCUCGUGAUAACUUACUUGCAGCAGUUCGGGAUUUCCUGCAAAUUGAAGGUCAAUCUGCAGUGCCUGUUUUACCGAGAUUAACAAUGCCUGGUCAUCGUAUUGAUCCGCCUUGCGGGAGAGUCUAUUUACAACUUCAGCAAUUUCUUGCCGAACGGCAACGCCCUGUUGCUGAUAUUGAAAGUGCAUCAAUGCAUUUAAAACACUUAGCAGCAGCUGCCAAAGAUGCUGUUGCUGAAGGGGGCUCCAUACCUGGAUCAAGAGCUAAACUAUGGCGUAGAAUAAGAGAGUUCAAUGCAUGUAUUCCGUAUAGUGGUGUGCCUCCUAAUAUUGAAGUACCGGAGGUGACUUUGAUGGCCUUGAUUACAAUGCUUCCAGCUACUCCAAAUCUGCCUCCAGAAUCCCCCCCUUUGCCACCGCCCUCUCCUAAAGCGGCUGCAACAGUUAUGGGAUUCAUCGCAUGUUUACGUAGACUAUUAGCUUCAAGAAGUGCAUCUUCUCAUGUUAUGUCUUUCCCUGCCGCUGUUGGACGAAUAAUGGGUUUACUUAGAAAUGGUUCAGAGGGUGUAGCAGCUGAAUCUGCAGGGCUUGUUGCAGUUCUUGUUGGUGGUGGUCCUGGGGAUACAAGCAUAUUGACGGAUUCUAAAGGAGAGCGACAUGCAACAUAUAUGCACACCAAGUCUGUAUUGUUUGCUCAUCCUAGUUAUGUUAUUAUCCUUGUCAAUAGAUUGAAGCCGAUGUCUGUAUCUCCUUUGUUGUCUAUGGCUGUUGUGGAAGUACUUGAGGCUAUGAUAUGUGAACCUCAUGGCGAAACUACCCAAUAUACAGUUUUUGUUGAAUUAUUGCGUCAAGUGGCUGGCUUGCGGCGUCGCUUGUUUGCAUUAUUUGGACAUCCUGCUGAAAGUGUGAGAGAAACGGUUGCUGUGAUUAUGCGUACAAUUGCAGAAGAAGAUGCAAUUGCAGCGGAGUCAAUGCGUGAUGCUGCUUUGCGUGAUGGUGCAUUAUUGAGGCAUUUGUUGCAUGCAUUUUACCUUCCUGCAGGUGAGCGUCGUGAAGUAAGUCGACAACUUGUGGCUCUUUGGGCAGACUCCUACCAACCAGCUCUUGAUUUGUUGUCCAGAGUUCUGCCUCCGGGGCUUGUUGCUUAUUUGCACACACGCUCGGAUGGGACUCUACCUGAAGAUGCAUUGAAUCAGGAAGGAUCAUUACUCAGUAGAAGACAAAGGCGAUUACUUCAGCAGAGGAAAGGUCGUGGUUUUAAAGGAAUAGCAUCUCAAGAGCCUUCCUCACCUUCUGUUAAUAAUUUAGAAGUUGGUGAUUCAGCUAGGCAGACAAGUGCUGGUGCUUCUAAAGGGCUGGAUAACCAUGAAAAAUCUGCUCUAGAUCACAGCUCUGGACAGGUUUCUGCUAUUCAUUCUUCUGUUGUUCACACUAAUGAAAAUUUGACUAGUGAAUUAUCUUCAACAGGGGCUCCGCAUUUUGAUAAUUCUACUAUUGUCUCGUUGGCUGAUGGUCCGCCAACAAAUACACACGAGGCACUGGAAUCAAAUUCUUUAAACUCCAUGGGCAAUGAUGCCAAUGUGGUUGGAUUCCAGAACAAUGACCUUCCUGCUCCUGCUCAGGUUGUUGUGGAGAACACACCUGUCGGUUCUGGUAGGCUACUAUGCAACUGGCCUGAAUUCUGGCGAGCUUUUAGCCUGGAUCACAAUCGUGCGGACUUGAUUUGGAAUGAGCGUACUCGGCAGGAGUUGAAGGAGGCUUUGCAAACUGAGGUUCAUAAACUAGACAUUGAGAAGGAACGUACUGAAGAUAUUGCUCCUGGAGGAGCAAUGGUAGAGAUUUUCACAGGUCAAGAUAGUACAACUCAGAUAUCGUGGAACUACACUGAAUUUGCUGUUAGUUACCCCAGCUUAUCUAAAGAAGUUUGUGUGGGCCAGUAUUAUCUCCGCUUGCUACUUGAGAGUGGUAGCAGUGGAAGGGCCCAGGAUUUUCCACUGCGUGACCCAGUUGCUUUUUUUAGAGCACUGUAUCAUCAGUUCUUGUGUGAUGCUGACACAGGUCUCACAGUGGAUGGUGCUGUUCCUGAUGAGUUGGGUGCAUCUGAUGAUUGGUGUGAUAUGGGAAGGCUGGAUGGUUUUGGGGGUGGUGGUGGUUCUUCAGUUAGAGAGCUUUGUGCAAGGGCAAUGGCAAUUGUAUAUGAACAGCAUUAUAAAACAAUAGGUCCUUUUGAGGGCACUGCUCACGUUACUGUUCUCUUGGAUCGAUCUGGUGAUAGAGCUUUGAGGCAUCGAUUACUACUACUCCUUAAGGUCUUAAUGAAGGUUUUAUCAAAUGUCGAGGCUUGUGUAUUAGUUGGGGGAUGUGUAUUAGCUGUUGAUUUGCUGACAGUGGUUCAUGAAGCUUCUGAAAGGACCUCCAUACCUUUGCAAUCUAAUUUGAUUGCUGCUACUGCUUUCAUGGAACCACUGAAGGAAUGGAUGUUUAUUGACAAGGAUGGUGCGCAAGUUGGACCUGUGGAGAAGGAUGCUAUCAGAAGGUUCUGGUCAAAGAAAGCUAUUGAUUGGACAACGAAGUGCUGGGCUUCUGGGAUGCUAGAUUGGAAAAGGUUACGUGAUAUCCGUGAACUGCGUUGGGUGCUAGCUGUUCGUGUUCCUGUUCUUACCUCAACGCAGGUAGGUGAGGCGGCUUUGUCCAUAUUACAUAGCAUGGUGUCUGCUCACUCAGAUUUAGAUGAUGCUGGAGAGAUGGUGACCCCAACACCCAGAGUAAAACGAAUCCUGUCAAGUCCACGGUGCCUUCCGCAUAUUGCCCAGGCUAUGCUUAGUGGAGAGCCAAGUAUUGUAGAAGCUGCUGCUGCUUUGCUGAAGGCUGUUGUUACUAGAAAUCCAAAGGCAAUGAUACGAUUAUACAGCACAGGUGCAUUUUAUUUUGCUCUGGCAUAUCCGGGAUCUAAUCUCCAAUCAAUUGCCCUGCUUUUUUCUGUUACUCAUGUCCAUCAAGCAUUUCAUGGUGGUGAAGAAGCUGCAGUUUCUUCUUCAUUGCCAUUAGCAAAACGUAGCGUAUUAGGGGGGUUGCUCCCUGAAUCCUUGCUGUAUGUUUUGGAGCGUAGUGGUCCAGCUGCAUUUGCAGCAGCAAUGGUUUCUGAUUCUGAUACUCCUGAGAUUAUAUGGACACACAAAAUGCGAGCAGAAAAUCUGAUUCGGCAGGUUUUGCAGCAUCUUGGUGAUUUUCCUCAGAAAUUGUCACAACAUUGCCAUUCAUUAUACGAUUAUGCUCCUAUGCCACCAGUGACAUAUCCAGAGCUAAGGGAUGAAAUGUGGUGUCACCGUUAUUACCUUAAAAAUUUAUGUGAUGAGAUUCGGUUUCCAAAUUGGCCAAUUGUUGAACAUGUUGAAUUUCUACAAUCACUGCUGGUAAUGUGGCGUGAAGAGUUGACACGUAGACCUAUGGACCUUUCUGAAGAAGAAGCUUGCAAAAUACUAGAGAUAUCCUUAGAAGAUGUAUCAAGUGAUGAUGUGACUAAAAAUCACUCAGUUGAAAUGGGUGAGGUUCCUAACAUAUCCAAGCAGGUCGAGAACAUUGAUGAAGAGAAGCUCAAGCGACAGUAUAGGAAACUUGCAAUGCGAUACCAUCCUGACAAAAAUCCCGAAGGAAGGGAAAAAUUUCUUGCUGUGCAGAAGGCUUAUGAGCGCCUGCAGGCCACCAUGCAAGGCUUGCAAGGUCCCCAACUUUGGAGGCUUUUGCUUUUGUUGAAGGGUCAAUGUAUCUUAUACAGACGAUAUGGGGAUUUGUUGGAGCCCUUUAAAUAUGCUGGCUAUCCAAUGUUACUCAAUGCAGUCACUGUGGACGAGGAUGACAUCAAUUUUCUUUCUGCUGACAGAGCACCUCUCCUUGUUGCAGCUUCAGAGCUCAUUUGGCUGACGUGUGCAUCUUCUUCACUAAAUGGAGAAGAGCUUGUCAGGGAUGGGGGGAUUCAACUUCUUGCAACUCUUCUUUCCCGUUGCAUGUGUGUGGUUCAACCAACUACUCCUGCAAAUGAACCUGCUGCCAUCAUUGUCACAAAUGUGAUGCGAACUUUUUCUGUUUUAAGUCAGUUUGAGAGUGCCAGAGUUGAAAUGCUUGAAUUUUCUGGAUUGCUUGGGGACACAGUGCACUGCACUGAACUGGAGCUUGUUCCUGCAGCUGUUGAUGCUGCGCUUCAGACUAUUGCCCAUCUUUCUGUGUCUGCUGAAUUGCAGGAUGUCUUAUUAAAGGCUGGCGUGUUAUGGUACCUCUUGCCAUUGUUGCUUCAGUAUGAUUUAACUGCAGAGGAAGCUGAUAUGACAGAGGCGCAUGGUGUCGGUGCUAGUGUUCAAAUUGCCAAAAAUUUGCAUGCUCUACAUGCAUCGCAGGCACUCUCAAAGCUCAGUGGUUUGUGUACUGAUGGGAUUUCAACACCAUAUAAUAAGGAUGCUGCUGAUGUCCUGAGAGCUUUGCUCACUCCUAAGCUUGCUAAUAUGUUGAAAGAUCAAAUGCCUAAAGACCUACUAUCCAAAUUAAAUGCAAACUUGGAGUUGCCAGAGAUAAUUUGGAACUCUUCAAUUCGAGCAGAACUAUUGAAAUAUGUGGAGGAGCAGCGUGCAAGCCAAGGUCCUGAUGGUUCAUAUGACCUGAAUGAUUCACAUGCCUUUGUAUAUAAGGCACUAUCAAAAGAACUUUACGUUGGACAUGUAUAUUUGAGAGUCUAUAAUGAUCAACCAGACUUUGAGAUCAGUGAACCGGAAGCAUUUUGCGUUGCUCUUGUCGAUUUUAUAUCAUCUCUAGUGCACAACCAGGGUGCUGCUGAUUCUGACCUGCACAAACAGGGUGCUACAGAUUCUGAUGUGCACAAACAGGGUGCUACAGAUUCUGAUGUUGAGAACAAAGUUAGCCCAAGUGGUUCAUACCUUGAGAAAUCUGAGAUUCAAAGUGACACAGCUGAUGGAUCAGUUAGUGAACAGCAUAUAUCUGAUGAUUCAUUGUCAGUCUCUGAUGGAAAAGCUGCUGACAAUAAAUAUUUGGACUUGGUUAAGAAUCUUCAAUAUGGAUUGAUCUCUUUAAAGAACUUAUUGACAAGUGACCCAAAGUUGGCUUCCAUAUUAUCUACUAAAGAACGGCUCUUGCCUCUUUUUGAAUGCUUUUCUGCACCUGCUGCAUCAGAAAGCAGCAUUCCUCAACUUUGUUUGAGUGUCCUUUCUCUCUUGACCACAUAUGCUCCUUGCUUGGCGGCUAUGGUUGCAGAUGGAUCAAGUCUUCUCCUAUUAUUACAAAUGCUCCACUCUGCCCCAAAUUGUCGUGAAGGAGCUCUCCAUGUUCUUUAUGCCUUGGCAAGCACUGCAGAACUCGCGUGGGCAGCUGCAAAGCAUGGAGGAGUAGUGUACAUUCUCGAACUUAUCUUGCCAUUGCAAGAAGAAAUUCCCCUACAGCAAAGAGCAGCGGCAGCCUCUUUGUUGGGAAAGCUUGUAGGGCAGCCAAUGCAUGGGCCUAGAGUGGCUAUAACACUAGCAAGAUUUCUUCCUGAUGGCCUUGUAUCGGUUAUUAAGGAUGGCCCUGGUGAAGCUGUUGUAUCUGUCCUUGAGCAGACUACAGAGACACCAGAACUGGUUUGGACACCAGCAAUGGCAGCUUCAUUGUCUGCUCAAAUUGCUACUAUGGCAUCAGACCUAUAUCGUGAACAGAUGAAGGGUCGUGUCAUUGAUUGGGAUGUGCCUGAGCAGUCUUCUGGUCAACAGGAAAUGAAAGAUGAACCACAGGUUGGAGGCAUCUAUGUAAGACUAUUCUUGAAAGAUCCCAAGUUUCCCCUCAGGAAUCCAAAGAGAUUCUUAGAAGGAUUAUUGGACCAGUAUCUUUCAUCCAUUGCUGCAACACACUAUGACAUGCAAGCCAUUGAUCCUGAGCUUCCUUUGCUCUUGUCUGCUGCUUUGGUGUCAUUAUUGCGGGUUCACCCUGCUCUUGCUGACCAUGUUGGAUAUCUUGGAUAUGUGCCCAAACUUGUAGCCGCAGUUGCUUAUGAAGGAAGACGAGAAACAAUGGCCUCAGGGGAUGUGAAAACUGGCAAUUAUGCUGAUGGAACAUUCGAAACUGAGAAUGGAGCAGCACAGCCCAGUACACAGACACCACAGGAACGUGUUCGGCUCAGUUGUUUACGUGUCCUCCAUCAACUUGCAGCUAGUACCACAUGUGCUGAAGCUAUGGCAGCAACUAGUGUAGGAACCCCUCAGGUUGUUCCACUUUUAAUGAAAGCUAUUGGGUGGCAAGGUGGAAGUAUACUAGCUCUUGAGACUUUAAAACGUGUUGUGGUUGCUGGAAAUCGAGCAAGAGAUGCUCUUGUUGCACAAGGGCUCAAGGUUGGUCUUAUCGAAGUACUUCUGGGCCUUCUUGAUUGGAGAACUGGAGGUAGGAAUGGACUGUGCUCUCAGAUGAAGUGGAAUGAAUCUGAAGCAUCCAUUGGCCGAGUGUUGGCAAUUGAGGUUUUGCAUGCAUUUGCGACAGAAGGUGCUCAUUGUAGUAAAGUGCGUGACAUACUGAAUGCAUCUGAUGUAUGGAGUGCUUAUAAGGACCAGAAGCAUGAUCUUUUCCUUCCUUCGAAUGCUCAAUCGGCUGCUGCUGGAGUUGCUGGUCUUAUUGAGAGUAGUUCAUCCAGGCUCACGUAUGCCCUCACAGCUCCCUCCCCACAACCUGCUUUUGUGAGACCCCCUACUUCGGUUGCAGCGGACGCAAAUGGAAAGCAGGAUCAACUUUUUCCAUAAUUCAAGAAUGUGAAAAGUGCUCUCACCAUCUUCAAAGAUCAAGGCAGUUAACAGAGAACCCCCUGUAUUUGAUCCAUUUGUAUAGCGCCAUGUACAGUUUUUUACGACAUCCCCCUUCUCUCUCUCUCUCUCUCGCGUUUGGCUAGCUGGAAACAGAAGUUUUGCAUUUGCAAAUUUUUUGUGGGUGGAGGAAAAUUAUCAGUUUUUCCAUGUAAAGAGGAUCUCAAUGCUCUCUCUCUCUCUCUCUCUCUCUCUCUCUCUCUCUCUCUCUCUCUCUCUCUCUCUCUCUCAAUUUGUAAAUUGUUUGUUUAUUGCUCAAUUUUUUAUAAUAGGCAAUGUGAUUUUGUGUGAA